AGGAUGCCCAUUAAGAUUUGCAGCAAAUUGCAACACUAGAUCUCAAAUUUAAUUUUAUGCGCUAAUUAAUUUUCCUGCAUGAAUAUUGGGAGGAUUUUGCUAAGUAAAAAAAGUCUACCAGGACAUAAUUAUUCUCAUAGAAGGAAGAAGAGAAGGAAGAAGAGGAUGGAAUCUGAAAAGAGAAAGAGAUCAAGGGAGAAUAAUAAUAAUAAUAAUAUGGUUCAAAAGUUGUAUGAUACUUGCAAGCAAGUAUUUGCAAAUGGUAAGGCUGGUUAUGUGCCUCCUCCCCACGACAUCCAACGACUAACCUCCUUACUGGAUAGUUUGGAACCAAAAGACAUCAUGUUUACUGCACCAAGCUUGGAAUUUUCGUGUACAAGUCCUGGAACCAAGGAAUCUCCUCUUGUCACUUACAUUAAGCUCCAUGAAUGCAACAAAUUUUCGAUAGGGAUCUUUUGUUUGCCACCUUCAGGGGUAAUUCCUCUUCAUAAUCAUCCUGGCAUGACGGUGUUCAGCAAGCUACUAUCAGGAACCAUGCACACCAAGUCAUACGAUUGGGUGAAAAAUCACGACCAGUUUAACCAUUAUGGCGGGCAAGAGGAAUGUAGGCUGAGGCUGGCAAAAGUACACGCUGACGCAGACUUCAGUGCACCAUGCAAUGCUACAGUUCUAUUUCCAGAAUCAGGAGGAAAUAUGCAUUGCUUCAAGGCUCUAACACCAUGUAUCCUACUUGAUGUUUUAGGACCACCCUACUCUGAAGCUGAAGGCCGUCGUUGUACAUAUUAUCAACAUUACACCUAUCAUAACAUUACUUUUUCCGAUGUUAAAGAAAUGGAGGUGGAAGAAGAGGAGACAAGAUCAUAUGCAUGGCUUGAAGAACUAAACAAACAGUUCGUUGUGUUGGGAGGAACAUAUGAAGGUCCUACAAUUAAAAAAUAAAUUAAACACCCUAGUGUAAAAUUGUCUACCAAAAUAAUAACUAGCAAAUGUAUAUAUAUUUUGUAUAUUAUUGUAUGGUAUACAUAUAAUAUACAUUCUUGAUACAAAAUACCAUAUUUUUUUUAUAUAUACAUUUGGCUAGUGAAUAAAAUUAUUUUGACCGA